ACAGAAUCUAACUCAGGAAGAUAAAUGCUGAGAUGCCUAAAGCAAGUAGCUUCCUGCUUAGAAUGACAGCUAUCAAAGGGGAUAGGCCAGGGGUAUGAAAAGCAGCUUUUUCCUAAGAUCACUUCACAAGAGUUUGUCCACUUGCUGCACGGGUGCACUCACUGGUGGUGCGGUUCAAAAGCUGUGCCGUGUGGAGAACACGGUUUGUGGAUAACACACAAACCAGGCAGGGAAGAUAUAAGGUGAAAACUUUUCUCCUGGCCCAGUAAAUGUUCUCUGUUAAAACGAGUAAUGUGUUGCACAUAGGUGACUGUUUUCUUAAAGCCUAUUUCAUGAGGUUAUGGCAGACUUGUCUCUGUACAGCACAUCUUGGCCUGGGAAAAGGGAUUGGGCUCUGAUGUUGCACUGGACUCUUCCUGUAAGGGAGCAUAAUGCAGCAAUGGAUGCUCCUGCCUCCAUCGCUCCGGGGUGGUGGCUGCAGACAGGUCAGGCAGGGUCAGGUGGCUGCGCAGAGCAGCUGCUGAGAAUGGUUGCUUGUGUAACCAUUGCUGCACGAGCACUUGCUUCUUUCUGGGACCUGGUUCAGCUUUUCAAGCCUCUUCCGUCAGGUUUUCCUUGACCCUACUCCAACUCAAGCAAAGCAAGUGGCUGGCUAGCAGAGGUCUCUGCGGUAGGAGCAGAGCCAGAUUUGUCCCCAGAAGGUAGUGUGAGCUCGUUGUUAGUGGCGUUUGUUUUCACUUGGCUGCUCCUCUGCAGCACCAAGCAGACUGCUUCCCUUUCUGCUUUGAAAGGCUGGGCCAGCCCUCUCCUCCUUACCGUAGAUUUUGAAAUAGUAUGUUGCCUCCUGUGCCGCAGUCCCCAGUGUCAGGUCACGCUGCUCUUGCCCAUGCUUAAAGGGAUAGAGAUGAACACGUCCCUCCCGCUGUGGCCCUCCUUCCAUCCUUGUCACUCUCCUGUCCCCCAGGUACCCCUCUUUAUACCCUCAGCCUCCUGGCUCUGUAUGUGCCCUGUGUCUCCUCCCCAGUGCUGUGCGGCUGCUGCCGUGUGCCGGGAUGGUGCCCAGGCGAAGGGCGAUAGGUGAGCAGCCGCUACUAAGGGCCAUUUUUCCCGUGAGGCGUUUCCACAGCUGGCGGUGGGGUCAGUAAAUGCUGAAGGCCUAGCAUGGCCAGGAACUACCCUGACAUUAAGCUAUCCGGCGGGGCGCUGCCGCAGGACCCUUUGGUUCGGGCCCCGGGGGCGGGCGCGGGGCGGGGCGGCUCGGCUCGGCUCGGCUCGGCGCUGCUCGGCCCGCCCGCCGCACCGCCAGCGCCGCUCCCGCCGCCGCCGCCUCAUGGAGCCGCACGGGCCCGCCUGUCCCGACAGCGUCCUCUUCGGCUGUGAGCUGAGUGCCAGUACCAAAUCCUACACAUUUCAGGUGGAUGAAGAAGACAACUCUGACCACAUUUUAGCACUGUCUGUGGUCUGCCUCACUGAUGGUGCCAAGGACGAGUGCAACGUGGUGGAAGUCGUUGGGCGAAACCAUGAGAACCAAGAGAUCGCUGUGCCUGUGGCAAAUCUGAAGUUGUCAUGCCAGCCCUUGCUGAGUCUGGACAACUUCAAGCUGCAGCCUCCAGUGACCUUUCGCCUGGCAGCAGGCUCUGGCCCAGUGCACCUGGCCGGCUGGCACAGGAUCAUGCACAGGGAAGAUGCUUCCUUUGAGGAGGAUGAUGACUUGUCUGAAGAGGAUGAGGAGGACCUUCCUCCUAUUAUGCCAGCCAAGAAGUAGGAGGAGGAAGGAGUAUCUUGUCUCCAGGCAAGGUACUCACUGGGACUUCUCUCCCUGGAUGGUUUUUACCUUGGAUACCUGUUGCCACGACCUCAACAUUUGCUGCUUUUUUUUUUUUUUUUUUUUUUUUUUUUUAAUGCUGUUUAACUAUUUGGGGAGCAGGGGCUGCUCCCAGCACUGAGGUGUCUCCUUUCACACAGCCCUGGGAGGGUGAUCCCAAAACUGGAUGGAUGCUGCUGGUAUGUCCCCUCUCCCCGAUCCCUGUUCUGGGAGCUGGGGAUGGAGGAGGUGAUCCUUACCCUGUGCCUUUUGCUGUCCUGGACCUCUGCUCUGUGCACCCCCUUUCCCUGGCUGUGAAAUACUCAGUCCUGGCCCCUUCUCCAGCAGAUGGAUGUAAAGCCAGUGUGGGACAGGCACUUUCACUGAUUCUAAUGUGUUUGCUUUUGCUUCCUCACAGUUUGGUGGUUUUUUCUAUACUUGAAAGUGUCAAAGUGGGGCCCAUGCUCUGUUCUCAACUGCAGUUGUGGUGGGGUGGGAGCUCACAGCCUCUCUGAUUUGGGGGAGGUUCUGGGUCAAUCUGCGUUGUAAAGAACUGUUCUUACACUCAAUAAAGAUUUCUCUGAAGAAAGGUCCCUG